AUGCAAAAUGGAGGGACUUGCGCCGGUUCACACUUUCCACCCUGAGGGACUUUGGAAUGGGGAAGAAAACUAUGUCUGAGAGGGUGCAGGAGGAAGCGCUUUGCUUGGUGAAACAUAUAACAGCAACCACACAAGUUGUACAGCUCUUUCCCACAAAUGAUGAAUUACCUGCCUGGACCGCACCAGAAGGUAUUUGCUGAUUGUAAAAAACUGCAGGCCUACAUCCGUGAGGAGAUAAAGUCUCACAGCCUGACACUGGACCCUGAGAAUCCCCGUGACUAUAUUGACUGCUUUCUUAUCAAACUGGAGAAGGAAAAAAACUCUUGUGAGGUGAUUUACAACCAAGAAGACAUAGUCAUGAGUGUGUUUGUGCUCUUUGUUGCUGGAUCGACAACCACAACUAACGCUUUGAGCGCUGCAAUUUUAGUGAUGGCUAGAUUGCCACACAUUCAAGCAAAAGUUCAAGAAGAGAUCAAUGAGGUCAUAGGUAUCAGUCGUCCCCCAAGGAUGGAAGACCGGAUGAGGAUGCCCUUCACUAAUGCUGUUAUCCAUGAGGUUCAACGAAACAGGAGAAUGAACAUUGAGAACUUUGCACGCUCUACAACUUGUUGUACAGAAUUCAGGGGCUUCACAAUCCCCCAGGACACUGUUAUAAUUCCACACUUCACAUCUGUGCAUUUUGACCCCCUGAUGUGGGAAACUCCACAGGAGUUCAACCCAGCCCAUUUCUUGGAUGAGAAGGGUCAGUUUAAGAAGAAAGAUGCCUUCAUGCCAUUUUCAGCAGGGAAGCGGGCAUGUCCUGGGGAAGCACUGGCCCGGAUGGAGCUAUUCCUGUUCUUCACCACUCUGCUCCAGAACUUCCACUUCCAGCUGGUUGGAGAAGCAACAGAUAUGGAUCUCUUUUCUUGCUUUAAAAGAAACAAGGAUCUGAAGAGCCAAAUACAAGCUACUAAACGUUUAUUUUGAUGUUGUAACUCAAAAAAAAAAAAAAAAAAGCAGAAAGGAUGAAACCAAAAAUAUUUGUAAUUGGUAAAGCAGAGGUCCUGGGGCUUUCUGUCCUUCAUUGCAACAACUUGCAAUUUCACAUAGGCAUGACACCCUCAGUCUUAGAUGUUAAAUGUUGCUUAAUCACAGCAGGCAAACAGAGCUAUUCUUUGUUUUUCUCCAUAUCUGUUUAUCUGUCUCUUUAUACUUAUUAAAACAUACAACAUA